AUGCAGCUCCCUCUUGCUAGUGGGAGUAACUGGACCACUCAGGAAAAGUGGAGGAAGAGAAGAGAGGUUCUUGUGGAUGCCACUUACCUUGUGCUCUCCACCCAGAGGUGUCUUCAUUCUUUCCUUCCUGACAGCAUCAUCAUGACUGCAUCCUCCACCUUGCUUGCUUUGAUCCUGAUGCCUCUUUGUCUGUGGAUCUACAGCCGUGCUUGGUUCAACACCCCAUUAGUGCGCCUGUUGCCCCUGGGGGCUGUCAGCCUGACCUUGUGCAGUACUCUAAUCCCCAUCGGUCUUGGCGUUUUCAUCCGCUACAGAUACACAAGACUGGCGGACAUUAUUGUGAAGAUCUCUUUGUGGUCUCUCCUGGUGACGCUGGUGGUACUUUUCAUUCUCACUGGUACCAUGCUGGGUCCUGAACUUCUGGCUACUAUCCCUGCCGCCGUAUACGUGGUAGCUCUGCUGAUGCCCUUGGCAGGUUACGGCUGUGGCUACGGGAUAGCCGCCUUAUUCCGCUUGCCCCCGCACAGCAAGCGGACGGUGUCCUUGGAAACUGGCUGCCAGAACGUCCAGCUCUGUACCGCUAUCCUCAAGCUGAGCUUCCCCCCACAGUUCAUCGGGAGCAUGUAUAUGUUCCCUUUACUCUACGCCCUCUUUCAAUCGGCUGAAGCCGGGCUGUUCGUACUGGCUUACAAGAUAUACGGAAAGGAUCUGUACAAGCAAGAGGCUCUCGGAGGAGACAACGAGGAAGAGACAGAUGUUUCUUACAGGAAACUGAAGGAGGAAGUAGUCCCAGAAAUUUCUUACGGCACCUUCCUAGAGCAGAAGUAUGGCUACUACCACUGCAAGGAUUGCAAUAUUCGAUGGGAGAGUGCCUAUGUCUGGUGUGUGCAGGGCACAAACAAG